CGCAGCUUCAUCCCUCCCUUGUCGUCCAGAGCUGAAAAGUUUCCAGACAUCAGUGCCACUAUGCUCCAGGAUGUCCUUAGCUCUUUGUCUCCUUCCACUUCCCCCAUGACUCCUCCAGCUUCAUCCUGCAGUAUAAAUGAAUCUUAUAAGUACAUCUUCCUCCCCAUUUGUUACUCUUUUACCUUCAUAUUUAGCAUUACUUUGAAUUCUGUCAUCCUCUACCGUUCCUUCCGUCAAGCCAAGCGCUGGAAUGCUUCCCUCAUAUACAUGGUCAACCUGGCCUCCACAGACUUCAUGUAUGGACUGUCUUUGCCAUUUCUUGUGGCUAGUUACAUAAUGCAUGACCGCUGGGUGUUUGGGGACUUCAUGUGCCGUCUGGUCCGCUUCCUCUUCUACUUCAACCUCUAUUGCUCCAUCUUCUUCCUCACCUGCAUUUCUGUUCACAGAUACCUGGGUAUCUGCCACCCGAUAAAAGUGAUCACCUUGGAGACCAAGAAAGCUGUCAAGAACACUUGUGUGUUGGUGUGGAUCGUAGUGUUCGCUUUGACUUGCCCUAUUUUCCGGUUUGCCCAGACAGGCUAUGUGACCAGAAUGGCAGGAACGUGGACCAAUGCAAGCAAAACUAUUUACAACGAGAGUCACAACAUGCCAUCAUUAAAGGGCAACAUCAGCUAUAAUAGCCUGGGAUUGCCCCAUGAGGAAUACCAGAACUGUUGGGACGAUGCCAUAGACAAAGAAUUUCUUGACUACAUACCCUAUGGGAUUAUUCUACAUUUAAUUGGCUUUUUUUUACCCUUUUCCAUAAUUGCUUGGUGUUACUCUCGUGUAGUCCUCACCAUAUUUAAGACCCUGCAUUCCCAACCCUCAUCCCGCAAAGGACCCAGCAAGGUUGUGGAGAGAAGAGGCAGAAGUGGCUCUGCAGCGGGUGGAAGAGGAAGCAACGGCCUGUUAAGGGGGAUAGAAAAGGAUGAGGGGAUUUCUGUUUUCCUUGGAGCUCGUUCGCCGUACGCGAGCCGCAGACGUAAAUCCAUCAGGACCAUCAUCACCAUCACCUUGCUCUUUGCUUUGUGUUUUUUCCCCUUCCAUGUGACCAGAACCAUCUUUCUGCUGCUUAAAGUCACCGGGAAAGUUCCCUGUGAAACCAUGACAACAGUAUCGAUGUGCUAUAAGGUGACGCGGCCGCUAGCGUCCUUCAAUGCGUGGCUAAAUGCUCUUCUAUAUUUUCUGACCAAAGACAAGGUGGGAGCUCACUGCUGUCCAGCAGGGAGAACUAAGAGCCCACAGCAGGCUGGACCGCUGCUGCCGCUGAGAAUGAUGGGAAAAGGAGACGGUCCAGUGGAGGAAACUAUGGGAGACCAGAUUAACAACGAGGAAGGGAAAGAAUUUCACCACCUGUCAUACACAAAAAAUAUGAUAAGAAACACUGAAAGAUAAGUAAGUAGACAGGUUGAUUGAAUGAAAUAGUGCAAAGCUAUUAACACAAAUACUGUAUGUAAUCAAUUGCUAAAUGACAUUGAUAAUGAAUAAUAAAUUUUAAACAUGCUGUUUAUCAUCACGUAGCUCUACUUUGUAGUUAUUUACAUUUGUAUGAUAUGUAUGCUAUUAUGGAAGCUGCAGUUUGUGUGUGAACAUUUAAAGAGAACAGGAAUAUUAAAGUGAAGGAGUUCAAGCAUCACAGAAAUCUAAUGUUGCCUUGGCCUCACCUUUAUUGACCCUUAGAAGGAGGAUUUUUAAAAAUUAUAUCAUCAAAAGAUCACCUGGAGAUUUAUUUAUUAAAAAAAUAUACAUUUUUAGUUAUUCAUGGGACAUAACAGCUCCAAAAAAU